CCUCGAUGAGCAGCACGUCGGUGGCAUAGCCCGCAUCCGUCCGCGUUUUAUAUAUCUCCCAGACCUCUCCCGACAACCGUUCGACAUUCUCCACGCACCAUCCCACAGUCUCCAUAUUUCUACAGUGUUCGUCGAGGGGUUUAUAUCGGAGCAACACUUGUCUCCUCUCUUCUUCGUCACUUCCUUCCAAACAACAUCUUGGACAGCAAUCGAGAACACUGAACCACAAUCAUCAUGUCUGGCGCCCCUACAGUCACCCUGCCUAGCAGGCCAAGCAGGACCGUUCGCCGUGUGAGCUCUUCUGAUGUUACGCUCAAUGCACUUAACCUCCGGUCACCCACCGUGGUGGUGCCGCCCAAGCAUUUGAUGGCCCCUUCGAACGCUCAGGAGACAGCUUUAGCAUUCGAACUGGCGAGGCACGAAAUUGAGGAUGCCGCUUCGCCACUUUCAGGGCCUUCUACGCCACCAGAGACCACCGUCACUGACAAAUUUGCCUUUGCAUUCGAUAUCGAUGGAGUGCUUAUCCGUGGCGGUCGACCUAUCCCGGAGGCCAUCGAAGCGAUGCAAGUCCUGAACGGGAAAAACGAAUAUGGUAUCAAGAUUCCAUAUAUCUUCGUAACCAACGGCGGAGGCAAGACUGAGCAAGAACGCUGUAUUCAACUAAGCCAGCAGCUCGAACUUGAGGUUUCACCAGGCCAAUUCAUCUGCGGCCACACGCCAAUGCGGGAGAUGGCCGAGAAGUACAACACUGUCCUUGUUGUUGGCGGUGAGGGCGAGAAGUGCAGGCAGGUCGCCGAGGGCUACGGAUUCAAGGACGUAGUGACACCCGGGGACAUCAUCAAAGACAACCCAGAUACGACACCAUUCCGCAAGUUGACUGAGGAAGAGUACAACAACUCAAGAGCCCGCAACUUUGCCGAAGUCAAGAUCGAAGCCAUCUUCGUGUUUGCCGACUCUCGCGAUUGGGCUGGUGACCAGCAAAUUAUUCUGGACCUUCUCAUGUCCAAGGGUGGCUACCUUGGCACUCGAUCCGAGACUUUCGAUGAGGGCCCGCCAGUCUUUUUCUCCCACAACGAUGUGAUUUGGUCAGCAAGCCACGACUUGACUCGUCUUGGAAUGGGUGCACUUCGACUUUCUCUCGAGGCUAUGUUCAAGGCUGUAACUGGCAAGGAGCUCAAGACCACUGCUUUCGGCAAACCACAAGGAGGCACCUUCGAAUUCGCCACACGCCUUCUUCAACAAUGGCGGAGAGACACCCAUGGUAUCGAUGCCGCACCGGAAACUGUCUACUUCGUGGGCGACACUCCUGAAUCAGAUAUCCGAGGCACCAAUGAGUACAACAAGAACUCCGCGAAUGAGUGGUAUUCAAUCCUGGUCGAAACCGGUGUAUACCAACCAGGCACAAAACCUCGCUUCGUCCCCAGAGCUACUGUAAACACUGUACUUGACGCCGUGAAUCACGGCAUCGACCGCGAGAACAAGCGACAACAGAAGGUGCUGAUGAAGGAUGCACUGAACAUCAGCGAGCUCAAACUCAACGGCUCUGCAGUACAGGAUCCAACUCCUGCUGCUGUAAACAAGGAGAACCCUUUUGAGGCUGCUGUUGCCGCAUAGGUGCAGAACAACCACCUUCUUUCUAUUCUUCUCACUGGCAUAGGGUUUGGGGCGCUGGGCAUUGCAAUGGCGUUUGGGAUGAGUUCAUGAAGAAACUAUGAUACCACUAGCAUGCUUGAUUGCGUGAGGACGAGAAAACUAGAUUUAGAUUACCAUUCUGCUGGCUGGCUGGCGGAUAUAUCUUAGAGAGAUAUAGAACAGACGACCUAGAAAUGAAAAUGAUAGAAGCCA